AAUGAGUGACGGUUCAUCCGGUGCGGAAGUUAGUUUUGUUUUGGCUUGCAAGAAGGUGGAUGUAACUACUCCAAGCUAUCCAACGCGUCCAAAUAGAAGGUUUAUAGUGAGCACAGCGGCUAGAUGAGGAUUGCAUCCGUCAGUGUGCAGUGAGUCAAAGCGGAAAUGUCAAACAUUAAAGAGUACGUCGAUAAACUGGCUCGUGUUUAUGAGCGAUACACCGAGUACGUGAAGAGGAACCCGGGCGCCACAGCCCAGCUGGAGAGCACGGUGCGGACCCUCUCCUACCUGAUCGCAGGGCGAUUUGCAGAUUCUCAUGAAAUAUCGGAGCUAGUGUACUCCGCCUCCAAUCUCCUGGUGCUCUUCAACGACAGCAUUCUGCGCAAAGGGCGGAGAUGUGCCUUCCCCGUGUCCCUCUCUCAGCAGAGACUCCUCAACUGGCUGUCUGUGUUGGAGCACGUGGAGGUUUUCCUGGAGAUGGGGGCCUGCAAGCUGUGGGGGGACGUCGGCCGCUGGCUGGUGAUUGGACUCAUUCAGAUUUUUAAGGCAGUUUUUCGCCUCAUCCUUCUUCUGUGGUACAAAUCCGGCAUCCAGACUUCACCUCCCAUAAUCCCCCUCGACAGAAGUGCAGAAUUUGUCGGUGAAGAUGGCGUCAACGGGGAGCAGCAAGAUGACGCCUGCUUUGUGGGUCAGAGGUCGGGACGAGUUAUUAGACCACUAGGCAGCGCGCCCGGCCUGCAGGCCCGGCUGUGGGGGGCGCCCGGUCAGAGGAAGAGGACGAGCAGCUCAAGUGAUGAGAAGCUCCACAGCAAACCAACGCCGCUGGGGCUCCAGGAGACCCUCGCUGAGUCCGUGUACAUCGGACGGCCGCUUGUGCACUUACUCUGCCUCGGACUCUGUGGAAAACAGGCGUGGACGCCGUGGCUCGUCUCUGGAGUCCUCGAGCUCUCCAGUUUCACGGUGCUCAGUGGCAGGAAAUUCCAAAAUCGCUGGGAGCAGGCCGAGAUGAGGAGGAGAACCUUUCUUCUGCUGUACUACGUUCUGCGUUCACCCUUCUACGACAAAUACUCCGAGGAAAAGAUUCUCUUCCUGCUCCGACUGCUGGCCGAUCACGUCCCGGGAAUCGGCCUCGUUGCACGCCCUCUGAUGGAUUACCUCCCCACCUGGCAGAAGAUCUACUUCUACAACUGGGGAUAAAGUCGGCUGGAUGAGGUCUGCUGGAUGUCUCACAUCUCGGACGUUUGCAAGUCCAAAAAAGGGUCAACGCUGAGAAAGGGACGGUCGGACCCAGGGACGGAGACGCUUGCUAGAAUUCCCCAAGAAUCAGAUAAAAAUGACGUGGAGAUGAUUACCACUUGGAUCUGACAGCGAGGACCUUCCUCUUGAUUUAGAAGGCUACUCCAGAAAUACAGCAAACAUUAUUUAAGCCCCCCCCCCCCAGGUUGUAUUACCUUGUUUUACACUCUACAAAACACGGGUGUGACUGAUGCUAAAUGGCUGCCUCAGGUGUCGGAGAUUCACUCUUUGAGUUGUUCAUGAUUCACGCCAUUGUCUGUACUGUGAAGCAUUUGGUUUUUGACAGCUUGUGUUAUAGUCGCCAUGUUUUUGUGAGCAUUGGUAUUUCAUUCCAUUGUCUCGGUUUCAUCCCGUCAAGAUGAGCCUUGUUUGUGUGUGUUUCUGGUGCCGCAUGGCAGAAAUCUGAACAUCAGACGCACACAACUAGAGUGUUGACAAUCUCAACACCUCAUUUACCCCAGUGGGCUUUCAACUUCCCCGUUUUGUUAGUUUUCAUGCAGAAAUGAGCUGUACAAUGCCAGUGGGCACACGUUAAAGGCCGUGCAAGUGUGUGUGUGCGAGUGAAAGCUGGAGUCAAUGACUAGAACAAGCCAGAGGUUUUUAAAUCUUUAUUAACUUACUGAAUAGGUUUCUUUUUGUAGCCUACAAAUAAAUACUCAAAUGUU